AUGGAUGCGGGGUGGGAUCGCUUCUCAACAAGCUUAGUCUUUACGGAGCUUAUACCUAUUUACAAAAAAGGAGAUCGCAAUAACAAACAAAAUUAUCAACCUGUAAGCUUACUCUAUAAUCUAUCAAAGGUUUCUGAAAGGCUUGUUCUCAAACAGGUAAAUAACUUUAUGGCUAAUAAACUGAGUCCAUGUCUAUUAGGAUUCAGAAAAGGCUACAAUACCCAGCAUGCAAUUGUAAGAAUGAUUGAGAAAUGGAAAUGUACACUAGACAAUAAGGGUGUUGUUGGGGCAGUUCUAAUGGACCUUUCAAAGACCUUUGAUACAAUUAAUCAUAGCUUACUUAUUGCGAAGCUUCAUGUCCAUGGUUUUGCUAAAAGUGCUUUGCUUUCCAUUUAUUCUUAUCUUAGCCACUGUUUUCAACGAACCAGAAUAAACUCUGUUGUUAGUACUUGGCGUCCUCUUCUUGUUGGAGUUCCUCAAGGAUCUAUUCUAAGUCCUCCAUUUUUUAAUAUCUCUAUCAAUGAUUUAUUUUAG